AUGAUGGAGGAGGAUCCUGCAUGGUUUGGUGGCAUGCUUGACAGAAUCCGGGAGCGUGUGGAAAGUGGUCAGCUCAGUAGCCUUCCGCUGAAGGUGUUUGACAUGGAGGACCCCGUUGAAGGAGGAGUGGCGGCAUUCCGGUUUCUGCAGAGGGCUCAGCACAUCGGGAAGGUUGUCGUCAAGUUUGCUAGCUCAAUUGAACCAGUGCAGGAUGGAGCUAUUGUUAUAACGGGUGGCCUCGGCGCCCUGGGGCUAGUUGUUGCGGGCUGGCUUGCAGAAGAAGGGGCGCGGAAUAUAGUCUUGAUAGCCCGCCGCGAUGCUCCACCUCCAUCGGGCAACGUGCCCGAAUGGGACUGGCUUUCGAAUAUCAACUGUAAAGUCAGCUUUUUCUCCUGUGACGUGUCGAACUACGAAAGCGUACGCGGGGUGUUUAAAAAAAUACAGAAGACGGUAGCUCCGAUAAAAGGAAUAUUCCAUGCAGCUGGAGCUCUUGCAGACUCCCUGCUUGAUAGCCAGUCUCUUGAAGGGCUUCGGCGUGUCUACAACGGCAAAGUUGUAGGUGCGUGGAAUAUUCACCGAGUCUGCGAAGAACAGGGCAUCGAUAAGGAUCUUCAGUUCUUCGUACUCUUUUCUUCAAUAUCUUCUCUCAUUGGAAAUGUUGCGCAGGCUAACUAUGCCUCAGCGAAUGCGUGUUUGGAUGCAUUGGCACGGUGGCGCAGAAGAAAGGGGCUUUGUUGUCAAUCGAUUCAGUGGGGGCCAUGGAUUGAGCAGGGCAUGGCGGUGGAGAUGCGUCAACAGCUGGCCAGGAAUGGCAUGAAGGGCAUCACGAAUGAGCUUGGAUUUCGAACACUUCACGACGUCCUCCUUCACCCAGAGUGCCCCCCAGUCCUUGCUUGCCAGGCUUUCAAGUGGAGAGCAUUCUUUAUACGAUACGUCACUGUCCCUCCUUUGUUUGAGGGGGUUUCACAAGAGGGUGCAGAUUUGCCAGAGUCGUCUGGGAUGACUAUGAAACAUCUGUCUGCUGCGGAGAGGAAGGAGUUCAUCAAGGCUCAAGUAGCCGCAGCGGCGCGCCAGGUUCUCGGCAGCAGCUCCGCCCCGUCAUUUGACAAGCCCUUACAGGACCUUGGAGUAGAUUCAUUGGGGGCCGUUGAGUUCCGCAAUCUCCUCUCCAAAAAAUUGGGCAUGAAGCUCUCAGCAACUACUCUAUUCGACUACCCAACAUUGAACGCAAUCACUGAAUACGUCUUCGAAGCAACAGGGGAAGAUAAAGGGCCAGCUGACGGCACUGCUGGCCUUCAGCUAGGUCGCGUUGCUGUUGUGCAUGACGGCCUGGCUGUUGUGUCCGUUGCCUGCCGGCUUCCUGGCCGCUCUAACUCUCCAGAAACCCUGUGGCAGGUGCUGCUUGACCGGACAGACUGCAUGAUGGAUAUUCCACUUAGCAGGUGGAGCGUAUACGAGAUGUACAAUGAUGACUUUGAUUUUCCGGGAAAGGCCUACGUCAAACGCGCGGCAUUUAUUGACAAUGUAGAGUACUUCGACAAUGCCUUGUUCAACAUCACCCCUCCAGAGGUUAAGGCCAUGGACCCACAGCAGCGCAUUCUGCUUGAAGUUUCAUACGAAACCUUCAUAUCUUCAGGUUACACCAAAGAAUCCCUCCACAAUGCUAACAUUGGUGUAUUUGUCGGAGUUUGCAAUCACGACUGGAUCUAUCUGAUGUCUGAUGACACGAUUUCUUCCUAUUCCGGGACUGGGUCAGCUGGAUGCAUCAUUGCCAACCGCUUGUCAUAUGUCUAUGGAUUGAAGGGCCCUUCGGUGGCUGUUGACACAGCAUGCUCCUCCUCCCUCGUUGCAGUGGAUGUUGCAUUCGAAAAGGUUAUCCGCGGAGAUUGCAAAUCUGCUCUGGUCGCUGGAGCAAACUUAAUGCUGACUCCGCAUUUGUUCAUCGCUUUCUGCAAAGCGCGCAUGCUCUCCCCUGAUGGAAAGUGCAAGACAUUCGACGACUCGGCAGAUGGAUAUGCACGAGGUGAAGGUGUUGCCGCCGCUAUGAUUGUUCCUCUGAAUGAGGCCCAGGAAGCAAAUAUGGAAGUCUUGGCUGUUAUUAGAAGCACUGCGUGUAACCAUGUUGGUCGCAGUGCCAGUCUCAUUGCACCUAAUGGCCCUAGCCAAGCUGAGGUCGUCCGUUCAGCAAUUGCUAGAGCUGGCAUUAAGCCUGAUGACAUCGGCUAUUUGGAGACACAUGGAACUGGCACAGCACUAGGAGAUCCCAUCGAGGUGCACGCGUUGAAGUCAGUUUUCGCUAAUGGGAGGCCCAAAGAUGUUCCUCUUGUUCUAGGCGCUGUAAAGACCAACAUCGGCCACCUUGAGGGAUCAUCCGGUAUUGCGGGGUUGAUUAAGGCUGUACUAGUAUUGCAGAACAGGACUGUUCCUCCCAACAUCCACUUCAAGAAGCUGAAUGAACACAUAAAUGUUUCCGACUUCCCUGUUCAGUUCCCCACAGAUAUGGUCCCGCUGAAGGCAAGCGGACCAUCAAAGCGACUUCUAGCUGGCGUUAGUUCGUUUGGCUUCGGGGGGGCUAAUGCUCACGUAAUUCUUGAAGAGGUGCCUGCCAGUCUUCGAUCUGUCAGACGGCCCGUCAGUAGACAGAAGAUCUGCUUCAUGUUUACAGGACAGGGGUCGCAAUACGUAAACAUGGGGAAGGUCUUGUAUGAGGAAAAUGAGGUAUUCCGAGCCAGCUUGAUCAAGGCAAGUCAAAUUGUAGUCGGGAUUUUGGGUGUUUCCAUAAUUGAUAUCCUGUACCCAUCCCCGCAAAAGGAGAGUGAGGCAAAGAAAAUUCUUGCUGGAAGUAGCAUUUCCCAACUGGCUUUGUUUGCAUUUGAAUAUGCAUUAGCUGAGCUGUGGAUGUCAAAGAACGUCUUUCCUGAUAUGGUCCUCGGACACAGCCUUGGCGAAUACGUAGCAGCUUGCGUGGCAGGCGUUUUCACUCUGGAAGAUGCCCUUCAACUGGUAGCCGCUCGCGCUAAAAUCAUGGGAGAAACGCCUUCGAAGGAUGGAGUCAUGGCUGCAGUUCGGGCCACGGAGGAACAGGGAGAGAAGGCGAUUGCAGCCUUUUACGGGGAAAAGCAAAGAUUGUCGUCAGUUGCUGUUGUUAACGGCUUGAAAAGCAUUGUACUUGCUGGUCCACGAAAGGAUGUACUAGCAAUUCUAGGGCAGAUGGAAGCAUCCUCCAGAGCAAAGUUUCUCGCUGUGUCUCACGCGUUCCACUCCCCCUUGGUUGGCUCAACUUGCUUGCCGUUCAAAAAGGUAGUGGAGCAAGUACACCUAAACGCUCCCCACAUUGAGAUGAUAUCGACGGUCACGGGUCAGUUGUGUGAUGAAGCGCUUAGACAGCCUGACUACUGGGCGGAGCACAUCAUUAAGAAAGUUAGGUUUUGUGAUGCCGUCCAGCAGUGCGUGGCAAACGGAGCCACUUUGAUGGUAGAAAUUGGGCCAAGGCCCACCCUUACUUCAAUGGGAAGGGGUUGCUUCAAGGAACAUGCCGAUAGUGGUCUUCAGUGGAUAAACAUGGUGGAUACAGAAGGCGCCAAGAUGGAAACCAUUGAUGCUGUCGCUGCUGCUGCAGCAAGGGGUGCUACACCGGCUUCCGUCGUCUUCAACAGGAAGUAUUUCCCAUGGAGAGAUAUCUGCCAUCCAUUACUCGGCCGCAAGGAAACUCGUGAAGACGGUCGCGUGGACUUUGUCGGCGGCCUAGGUGAAGAGGCGGAAUCGCUGUUUGCCGAUCAUGUGGUCAAGGCCCAGCCGAUGCUGCCCGCAACGUCCAUGUUGGAACUUAUGGCAGUGGCUUCCCGUGAAGUAUUAGACAAGGGGGCAGCGGUAAGCCCACCUUGCUUGUCCCAGCUCGUCUUCGAAAAGCCUCUCGUCUUCCAACCAGGGUCAAAAGUGUCUCUCUCUGUUUCAGUCGACUCGUACGGCCAGGUGCGCCUAAUGAGCACUUCAGAGGUCGACGAAGGAGAGGAUCGGAUUCACGCGUACGCCCAAAUUCUCACUAGUGCGAUUGAGUUACCAGAUCUUGACAACAAAACGAUUCUCAAGGCGUGCCCUGAUGAGGUCGACAUAGCUAAGGCAUAUGCAGAGCUUCAGAAGAUCGGCUUAGCCUACGGCCCACGAUUUCGCACAAUCAAACGUGCGUUCAAGGGUGAAAAUGUUGUUGUGGGUUUGCUGCAAGCUGUGAGCCCCAAAAAUUUCGAACGUGGGUUCCGAGUGCAUCCCGCUGUUAUGGAUGGUGCCUUACAGCUCUCAGCAAUUCUAUUGUCAGAGGAAGGGCAGCGUAGGGCUAUGAUACCAUUUUCCAUCGAAUCUGUCACCAUGCUAAGCGCGAGCGCAGACAAGGAGAUAUGGGCGAGAGUUUCACUUCUGUCUCGGACUUCUACUGCUGCCACUGUCGACGCCCAGUUGUUUACAGCAGACGGUAAGGUACUGGCAGACUUCGGCGGGGUCACUUUCCGCCAGAUUGAUAUGGAGCCAUCCGCUGCGGUUCCGCGAGAUCUCCUGUGGUAUACUGAAUGGAUUCCUGGCUCGAAGCUGGAAGCGCAAACUACAGCAGAGACUGAAAGUGAUAGCAUUGGGCAACUGUCGCCGCUUAGCAACAAAGUGCAGACGCCCACCACACCCGAAUCAGCUGAUGACGAUGAUGCGAAUCCUCAGUCUGAUGACAUGGAACCUUGUUCUACGGAUACGUGCAGCACAGCAGAACCAACGAGGCCAACAAUCAUUUUCCUUGACUGCACUGGAAACCACGAAGCCCUGAGAAGCGACUUUUCUGACAGUGAAGAAACGACCGUUGUGUGGCUCACCCAGCCCACAGCUGAGACAGUAGCUAAUACCCUUUCAGUUCCCGAUGCAUCUUCAGCCAUUGGGAUCAGCAUCUUGUUCACCCCCAGGAAUCGCGGAGCAGUGACGAAUUUAGCACUUCGUCCACAAGCACCUGUUCAGCCAGGUUCUCUCGAAUCUGGGCAAUGCCGUAUUCGUGUACGUGCUGUCGGGCUAAAUUUUCGAGACGUAUUGAAUGUCAUGGGUCUGUAUCCGGGGGACCCUGGACAACCCGGCGCUGACUGCGCAGGUACAGUGGUUGCAGUUGGACCUAAUGCUUCCGGCAUCAAGAUUGGUGAUAGCGUAUAUGGUAUUGCCCAAGGGACUUUGAAAACCUUCGUUACAGCGUCUUCCGACCUGGUAAGACCGAUGCCUGCCACGUUGUCUUUUGAAGAAGCAGCUGCACUGCCGGUGGUGGCAGCGACUGUAAGCUAUGCCCUAGAACAACUGGCUAAAGUCGAAUCAGGCGAGAAGGUCCUCAUACAUACAGCAACAGGUGGUGUAGGACUAAUUGCCAUACAACAUUGCCAGAAGGUAGGGGCAACGGUUUAUGCAACAUGCAGUGGGGGCGUCAAGGAGGAGUACUUGAAGUCCGCCGGAAUCCAGUACAUCACAACUAGCCGAGACUCGAAAUCGUUUGCAAAGGAUAUGCGCGAGUUUCUGGGGGAGGAUGGGCACAUUGAUGUAGUGCUGAACACCCUCGUCGAUGAUUACAUCCCAGAGUCCCUCAAGCUCCUUGGACCCAACGGACGUUUCAUGGAAUUGGGCAAGAGAGGCAUUUGGACUCACGAACAGAUGAAGGAAGCCCGUCCAGAUGUAUAUUACGAGACCAUCGCUGUGGACACUAUGAUGGAGGAGGAUCCUGCAUGGUUUGGUGGCAUGCUUGACAGAAUCCGGGAGCGUGUGGAAAGUGGUCAGCUCAGUAGCCUUCCGCUGAAGGUGUUUGACAUGGAGGACCCCGUUGAAGGAGGAGUGGCGGCAUUCCGGUUUCUGCAGAGGGCUCAGCACAUCGGGAAGGUUGUCGUCAAGUUUGCUAGCUCAAUUGAACCAGUGCAGGAUGGAGCUAUUGUUAUAACGGGUGGCCUCGGCGCCCUGGGGCUAGUUGUUGC